CACAGCACCAUACAGUGUGACUAAUCUAGUGCAAAUGAUUCUAUUUUGGCCAUUGUAACUAUUUAACUUACGACAGUUGUUUUCUACUACAUAAUAGGUUGAAUUUUCGGAUACAUCUUGUGUAGUAUUGUAAAUAAAACUAAUUAAUUUGGAUUCAAUGUAAUGGCAGGAAUCAACAACAUUUCCAAUAUGAGUCAAGCAGAGAUAAAUCCCAAUGAAAGUGUUAAGUCUUCGGGAGGCGACGAAAUCGAAAAUGUGAAUUUAACCAUGCUACACCUUUGCAAAUUGUUUGAAGAAUACAUCAAUUUGAAAAAAAUAUUGUCCGAAAAUGAACGAGAUGCAAGACUGUAUCAGAUGCUACCAUUAUAUUGCAAUGUGGCGAAAAAUGAAAAUCUGGUGAACGAAAAAACUCCAACUUUUGGAUCGCCUCGCUUAUUAUCGUGGGAAGGACAUGCCGUAUUUUGUCAACAAAUCAGUCAGUUGUUGGCCAGGGAAAUCAAAACAAGGUCGUUAGCUUCUGUUACCAGGGGCCGCAAAAAAACCUUCCACAUCAUCCGGCUUCGUAUGACCGCAAAAUACUCCUAGUAACAUAACCGGUGCUUCCGGUAAUUCCAU